AUGGAGGCCUGGAACGCCGCGCCCCGCUGUGCCCGCACCCGUGCCCCUCUGCUUCUGCCCCUGCUGUUGCUGCUGCUGCUGCUGCUGUGGAGACCCCCAGGCUGCUCGGGCACCCUUGACACCACAGAAGCAUCGGCCGUAACCAUUUUGGCCACCCAGGACAAACCCAACGUGACCUGCACCCUCAACACCAGCUGUUUGUCAGACAGUCCUCCAGUGCGCCAGCCGGACCCCCAGACCUCACCUGAGACUACGGUCCAGGUGUUACAUUCUGCAGGGCGUAACAGGAGUGUUGUUAGUCGAGGCAGCCGAGGUGGAGGGGAGGCUGGAGGAGGGGCUGUGCCAUUGGACGUGACCGUAUCCCUCCUCAGGCUCCUGUCUUCCUCCUCAGCCUGCGGUAUCUCCAAGGAGCGGGACCCCACCCUCAGGGACCCAGAGGCCAUGGUCCGGCGGUGGCCGUGGAUGGUCAGUGUUCGGGCCAAUGGCUCUCACAUUUGUGCUGGUACCCUCAUUUCCUCCCGGUGGGUGCUGACUGUGGCCCACUGCCUGAUUAAGAAGGACGUCCACUACACGGUGCAGAUGGGGGCCCCGUGGUUGAAUCGGAAGGCAGACACCAUCUCUGAAGUCGCCGUGACCCAGGUCAUAGUGAACAGCAGGUUCCGGGCCCAGCGAUACUGGUCCUGGAUUGGCCGCGCCAAUGACAUCGGCCUCCUCAAGCUGCAGCGGGCCUUCAUGUACAGCAAGUACAUCUGGCCCAUCUGCCUGCCUGGCACUGACUUCGCUGUGAAGGAGCAGAGAGUGUGCACCGUGACGGGCUGGGGGCUUUCCAGCGACAACAGCACACAGCCCCAGUACCAGACCAUUCAGGAGAAGGAAGUCACCAUCAUGAGCACCAAGGAGUGCGAGACCUUCUACCACAGGUUCUCCAGAAUGCCCAGGGUGGUUCGCAUCGUCAACCCCCAGAUGCUGUGUGCCGAGGACAAGGACAGGGAGGAGUUCUGCUAUGAGGAAUCUGGCGAGCCCCUGACCUGCCUCUCAGGGGGCACAUGGUACCUUCUGGGCAUGGUGAGCUGGGGUGCAGGCUGCAGCAAGAGUGAGGCCCCGCCCAUCUAUCUGCAAGUCUCCUCCUACCACAAGUGGAUCUGGGACAUUAUCAACAACCAGCAGCCCCGGAGCCCACCUGCCCCCUCCAGGGCCCGGCUGCUGGCACUCCUGCUGCCUCUCAGCCUCCUCCCUGCACUGUGUCACUGA